CAUUACUCACACACACCAGUUUCUGCAGCUUUCCAACUCUCUGCAAGUGGUUUUCCUGUGUCCUCAGGGAUAAGUAUAAAAAGGUAAGCAACACAACUGUCUGCAUUUCAAGUAAAUCUUUUGAAACGCGUCUUUUGGUGAUCUAGUGCCUGCUGCCGAUACUGAGAAUAUGAAGCUGCUUGUGUUUUGCCUUUUUGCAGUCUGCUGCUGUUCUCUGGCCAACUCAUCACCAAAGGAAAGGACUUUGCAGAGGAAAAAGUUACAAGAAAUCCUAAUCCAGCUGAAUGAUGUGAGACAAAGCCUGCAGAAUGAUAAGCAGCAGCAGAUGCUGAAUACUCCAGAGAACAUUGAGGACUGCUGCAGUCUGUCAGCCUUGCGAUGCUUUCGGGCUAAUCUGCAUGUGAAAUUCAACAUGACAGAAAAGAAACACAGCAAAUUUCACAGGAGCCUCAGCAACCCCAUUACUGAGAAAGGUCUGGACUUUUGUAAUUCACCAAAUGGGAAGUCCACCUGCCCAGACUGCCUCUCACAUCCGAUGACAGAUGCCACAGAGUUUUUCAACAGACUGGAGACUCUUAUUCAAAUGGGAAUAUCCAGACUGAGCAUGAACUGA